AUGUCUCUCAUCGCCCCUAUUGCUCCGCACCUAGGACUUGAGCCCCUUUCCCACUGCACCAGCAGCAGCGACGUUGCUGCCCAUGUGCUAGCCGCCGUUUCGCGAGUAAGCAGCGCAGCCGACACAAAGCCGUUCGUGGCAGUGCCGGCACAGCUCUCACUCAUAGGGCUCCUGCAGAGCGAGAACGUGCAAACAAUUCAAGAGAACCUAGCUGUCCUCGCCCAAUUCGCUGACCACCUCCCCCGAGACGUCGACAUCUCGACAUCUCGCGUCUCCAACGACGAGCUACUGAUUAUGGGCAAUUUGGUGCGUGACAUAGCCGCUAGCUUGGAGAAUAUCGGAUCGUUGCGGGCGGAUGAGGACCAGAUGCUACCAGACAUUGCGGAUAAAUACAUACCUAUGCGGCCAGUUUCAUCUGUCUGCCGGCAACGACGCAAGGAAAGAAUGAAGCUGAAGAUGGCCCAGAAAUGCCACAGAUGCAGUCGCCUCGAGACACCCCAAUGGCGACCUGGGCCCGACGGCCCUCGCACCCUCUGCAACGUCUGCGGUCUGAUUUACACGAAACGACAGCAACGCUACGCGGGGAAAUGA